CGUGUGCAUUGCGCACUCAGCGCUCUGCUGUUUCUGCCCUUCGUCGCAGCACCCAGACCCGCUCCUUCACGGCCUCGUCCUCCACCCAAAGAAACACUGNCCACUCUUCCCACAUUCGCCGAAACCUCCUCCCCCGAACUCGACGAUGUCCUCCUCCAACUCCGUACCAAACACUUCAUCCCCGCCUACCUGAACAAACGCCAGCGCCACCUCAUCUUUGGCGACAAAUUCAAGCAAGAACUCGAGAACAACCCUGCCUACGCAACCCUCGGCGAAGAGGAAAUCGCCCUCACCCACAUCGACCGCAGAAAGGACAUUCCUGCUCGCAAACCCCUGGUCCUACAAGCACUGCGUCUGAUCGAAGAAAACAACGAAUGGCGCCAAUUGCCCUCCAUCCUCGAGGGUCUGCACAAAGCUCGCCCACAACCGGAUCUGGCUCUGCAAGAAAAGAUUCUGAGGAAGUUGCAGUUGGCUGAUCAGUUUCCUGUGAUUCUGCGCUCGCUGCGACGAUCGCAUGCCACUGGUCUCACUCUCAAGAACGACGCCGUUCUAAAUCAAGUCCUCAACGCCCUGCGCGAGACCGCGUCGCUCGAGAACUGGGAGCAAAGUCGUUUGGAAAAGGCAUUGAAGCAGGCAGACGAGUUGGCCGAAUUGCUCGAGUCGGCAGACCAUGGUUCCGGAAGAAAACUAUCACCCAACGACCCCAGGACACGUCCUGCUGUCAUUGGCCUGUUCCUCGAGCUGCACGCUGUAUACGCACAACAAUAUCAGAGUGGCCAAGACGUGAGUGGAAAGGUCAAGGCUUACGCCACAAGAUUCAUGGCUACUUUCAACGAGUCCAACCAGACAGAUCUCCCAGCAGUCGGUCCUCCGAUCGAAUUCUUGUCGAAAAUGUCCAUCUACCACGGUCUCAGCCUCGCAUCAAAGAUCCUGGGCUCGGACAUGCCCGAUGCCGCUCGCGCAAACCAGAUUGUCCAGCAAUACGAACAGAGAUUGAGCACAUUGGCCGAGGCCUUGUCAGCGAGAAACCCCGAGCCCAACAGUUUCGCAGCAUCGAGCUUGAAGGCCUGGGACGCCUGUGUAAGG